AGCAGCAAAUUUGGUCGCUCGAUCCGAAAAUCAUGAUGGGUUCUGAAAAGUCGAAAACUCUGAAAGCGCCGAAGUUGCCCCUGAGGAACCAGAAAGAUCAGAUGUCCAAAUCGAACACUCUGCCCGUCGGCAACCAGAAGAAAAAGGCACCUCUGGCCACCCCGAGGGCUACCAAUCCUGACCAAGGAGAAUUUUCCUCCGCCGACAACUGGCGUGUCCGAUCUAGAGACAAGGCUGAGGAGAUUCUGCAACUGUACGUGACUGGCCGACUUGCUGAUUGCACUUUCGUCAUUGGCAAAGAAGGAAAUUCUGCCAAUGAACCUGUGACCUUCAAGUGCCACUCAAUCAUCCUGGCAACUGCCAGCAGCUACCUGGAGCACCUUCUUUUCCAGAAGAGUGGCGACGAGCAAAAACUGAACUUCAGCAUGCCCCAACUGUCCCCAACAGCCUUUGACUUGAUCAUGAGACACAUUUACGGAAACAGGUGUAUAUUUCCUGGGCCUGAGGUUGGCGUUGAAAUGUGCCGCACAGCUCAUGCUUGGAAGUUGCCCGUGCUGGCUGAGGAGGCUGAAAAAUACCUGACCACCCAUACUGGACCUGACCAUGCCCUGAUUGUCUAUGAAAUGUUUGCCAAGCUGAGUAAUGAGAUGGAGUGCCAGCGUCUCAUGAAGAUCAUUCAGAGAUACCCUGAUCACGUUUUGCAAACCAAGUACUGGGUGGACGUCUCCAAGGAAACAGUCAAGGACGUGUUGUGCUGCUGCUCCAGGGUGCUCAGCGUCAAGCAACGCUUUGACGCCCUCUGCGAAUGGGGUGACGCUCAGGUCAUCUUUGAGACUGGCUCUGUGGGCAACAACGCCCAGGUCCGUGAGAAGAUUGACACGCUGCUGCCGCUCGUUGGCUUUGAAACCCUGAGUGCAAAAGAUUUUGCCACUUACUAUGCUCAGGAGCAGCUGCUCUCGCCCACUGAAAGGCUGGAGUUGCUGGUGAGCUUGGUGCUCAAGAUGUGA